AUGGCUUCCGACCAUACCAAUUCACCCUCGGCUUUACUACUACUUCCCCCGCCUCCAGCUUUUUCUUUUGCCGAAGUCAAAGAUGCCUUCCAGCCGUCUUUAGUGGAGGUCUACACUAAACUCUCAAAUGCAUUGAUUGGAUCCAAUCGUACAGCUGUGCUCGAUAUUGCUCUGGCCAUUCCAGAUCUUCUUUCCCCGAGCUGCCAACCUCGGGCCAAAGUGUUUGCCCAACUCCAACAUUACUUGAGCAGCGUCUAUACGCUGGUUGGUGCUGUCUGUGCAGCACACAAAAUUGAAUUGGACUCUCCAGGUGGCAUUGAUACCCGGGUGGUAUUUGUCGAUGCAAGCGAGAACACCUCGGCCAUCCAGGCCGAUAGCUCUCGCUUUGGGCCCAUUCUGGACGUCCAAUCACUAGCAAAUUCGAGGCGCCGUUGGAACUAUGUUUUCUAUCUACCCAACACUGUCGGCCAAACUUUGGCUAAUUCCUUCACCAACAGUGUUGGCAGCCAGGAUCGGGAGAUCACGGCGGCAAGCAUGCAAGCCAUCACAAGCAAGCCUGACUGGGCGAUCUCUGACCCUUUGUUAAUUCCUGACAACCAACAUCCAUCCACUCCACACUAUUCCGUGGUCGUUGGUGGCACAUUUGAUCACCUUCAUGUUGGUCACAAGCUUCUCCUCACAGCAGUUGCAUUGGCCCUGGAACCGCUCCACCGGGGGCAGAAGGGCCGCUUGACCAUCGGGGUGACCGGGGAUGCACUGCUGGUAAAUAAAAAGUAUGCCGAAUUUCUCGAGAGUUGGGAGGAGCGUUGGCAGAGUACUGCAGCUUUCCUGACGGCCAUUAUGGAUUUCUCACCCGAAAAGAAAUCACCGCAGAUUGAACGUGCUUUUGCGCCAGGUCCCAAUGGCAAGACUGUCCUCGUAAGGAUCCAACCCAACCUAGCGUUUGAAUUUGUGGAAAUCUCUGAUCCAUUUGGACCCACGAUUACCGAGGAGAACCUUGGGGCAAUUGUUGUCUCAAAGGAGACACACUCGGGAGGGGCAGCCGUCAACGAAGAGCGGGUGAAGAAGGGAUGGAAAAGCCUUGACGUGUUCGAGGUGGACGUACUCCAGUCUGGAGAGGCAACCACGGCCACUGAUGGCGAGGGCUUCGAGUCCAAAAUCAGCAGCACGGAUAUCAGACGGCGCCGAGCCCAUCUUGCGAAGGUCUGA